GAAAAUAAGUUGAUUACUAUUAUAAGAAACGUUGCCACUGACUUGACAACAUUGUACCGAGAAACUAUUCGGUACAUCUUUGUGGCGGCAUGUACGUACUUAAUAUCAUAAAAUUAAGACUUCCAAAAAUCUACUGAUUAAUGGGGAUGUUAUCAUGAUCUUUCUGAAGUUACUACUGAAGAAUUAGCUGUUUUAACUGAAGAAAACAAUGAAGCCCUCCAGUCAAACAGCUGGCCUCUGGGCUGAAAACUGAAGCCGAGGCCGCCAAGACAUUAAGGAGAGUGCUAUCUGCUUUACUGUGAUGUCUGGCAGAUGUAUACUUAUUGCAGAACGUGAUGCCCACCUUAUUAGUACUUGCUUCCACUGCUGUCAUUCCAAAGCAGGAAAUUUUGUUGCUUAUAUUAUUAUUUCACAAGAAGUUCAAGAAAAGGGAUCAUUGACCUGUGAUGCUGGAUCACUCUGAGUAACCUGGGUGAACUGUUAUCCGCUUCUACAUUUAUUCUCUCUUAUGUUUGGAAAAAAUGACUUCUGCAUAUAAUACACCACAGCGGCAGCUGACAUUGAGUGCUGAGUUGCGGGAUGUUAUCAAUGAGCACCAUAUAUUUACAACAAGAACAAGAAUGAAAGUCAUUUCAGCCCUGGACAACAUCAACAAGGAUUCUACAGAAGAGAGAGAAAGGUCCUUAAGAUGUCAGACUAUUCAGGAAAUCCUGACAUCAGAAGUCAGUUACUUGCACCAGCUUGAAGUUAUUAUGCAGUUUUUUAUGGAACCUUUGACAAAGAAGAGUUUCAUUCCCCAUACUACAUACAUGACUUUGUUUGGGCACAUUGAAACACUUUAUAAUGUGAAUGGUGAACUUCUUAAUGAACUGAAGUGUAAUCCUGAAAAUGUUUCAGCAGCGUUCUUGAAGCUGGCUCCAUUCUUCAAACUGUAUUCUGUGUAUGCGUAUGAUUAUAAAGAAGCAAUGGUUGUUCUACAGGAUUUGCAGAAGACCAAUCCAGUUCUGAGCAAUUACAUAGCAGACCAAGAGAGUCGACCUGAAGUGUCAACAAAACUGAUGUCACUACUUAUUGCACCAAUACAGCGCAUACCCCGCUAUCGACUACUGCUGAAACAAGUCAUCUCACACACGCCUACAUCACACCCAGACUACUCUGUGCUUCUGGCUUCUCUCCGUGAAGUAGAGAAAGCUGCAGAUCACAUCAACAGUUUGGUACAGGACCAGGAAAAUAUGCAGAGAAUGCUUAAGCUGCAGAAUUGUUUAUGUGGUGGCAAGCCAAGAAUUGUAACACCCGGCAGGAGGUUGCUUAAAGAAGGCACUCUGCUGAAGGUGUCACCCCAUGGCAAAAAGUCUCAUUCCCGUUACUUUGUUCUUUUCAACGACAUGCUCAUGUACUGUAAGAUGCGACGCUGCCCGCCUACUGAACCGAACUCCCUGAGAUGCUGCUGCAUCUUGCCUCUCAAGAAAUGCACAGUGGAUGAAAUAUUGAGCAAAGGAGUGUUCAAGAUCACAUGCCAAAAUGAAAUGUUGAUACUAUGUUCAGCCACAGUUGAAGAAGGGGAAGCCUGGAUUUCCACACUGAAGGAGGCAGUGAAGCAUUACCAGGAAUGUCGCCAAACUCUGAGGAAGGACAGCAGCUCUCGGAGACCAGUUCGUCGACCUUACUCAUGUGACAUAAGCCAAGAUGAUCUUCUUCAUCCCCUCAAAAGAAUGAAGACAAUUUCAAAACCAGAUUCACAAGUGUUGAAAGACAGUCUCUAUCCUCUAAGGAGUGCAAUUAAAAAGAAUGAAGCACCGUCAUCUACAGAAGCCUGUACCACUGUAACAAGCGCAAAGAAAAGACCUCAGCAAGAAUUAGGAGUUCAGUCUGUCUUCAGUGGAAAUGUCAGCACCAACCAGAAUGCAAGUUCAAAUUGGUGCCUCCAGGGUACCCAACUUCUCAGGUGUAUUGCAUCACGUGUCACUCAAGCUAUUUGGAAACAUGUGUUCAAGCGUACUCCUACCAUUCCAGCAUUGUGACAUUCAGCUUGAAGUGGAGUAGGGAAAUAAAAGCCAUAUAUCCUCAUAAGAUGAUUGUAAAGAGGCUAAGCAUCUUCAAAGCCAAAUAAUAUAAAUGCAUUUCCUUAAUGUCAGAUUUUUAAAAACCAAAGUUAAUACUGUUCUUUGCAAAAGGGGUAAAAUUGUCCCUGUGCUUAAUCAAGCAUGAAGACAGAUCGAGAUUGUCAGAUUUGAACCUUGAUCACUUUACUGGUACGGAACCCCCCCCCCAUAACCAUUUCAUUGGAUACUGGUUUGGUUCCAAAGACAGUCUGGAUCGUCUGGAUACUGUUAAGAGAUAUUUUGUCCCUGCCAUGAACUGAACCCCCAUUCAUUAGUUUCCAAGCUCAUAACCUGGUAACUAUAGUAAAUGAGCUAUCCUGGCUCCCAAAGCUAAUCCUGUUGGUUUAUUUACACUAAGAGGGAUGAGAUGGAAAGGCAUAUAGCAUACAUGGGGCAAAGUGAAUAGUGUUAAAAUUUUUCAUAAGAAUGAUGUAAGAGAAAGAACCAUGUGGGAGACCUAGAUACAGGACAGUAAUACUAAAAUGGUUCUUCAAGAAAUAGAAAAUGAAGACAUGAACUGGACUGAGCGAGCUCAGGAAUGCUUUUGUGAUUAAGGUAAUGGUAUAACAACAGGAAGUCUGAAGCUACAUAAUCUUAGCCACUGAAAGGCACCUACCUUUUGGAGGGGACUACUGUUUCCCUCCCUGGGUAGAAGGAAGGAAGGAGGCAGUAUUUUCGUCUGAAAGGGUACCCAACUACCAGACUACACGAUGUCAUCUCAGAAGACCACAAAAUGAACACGGGAUAUCUUAACCGGAUGAAUAAUUAUCAUCUGCUUAAAAGAGACCUUGCACCAUUGACUUAUCUGCUUUAAUUUUGCAUAAUAAAAAUAUUUACCUAUUUGAGUGACAUUUAUGAAAGUUUUGUAACUUCCACAGUUAAAUAUCUAACUGUAAGUGCAUGCACCUCAUUUUGAACACACUGUGGUAUUAUUUACAUGUCAAAGAAAGAAAGACUUGCCACUGUAAAUCUACAAAAACACUGCAGAUCGUUUCGCUGAGAAAUACACAUGCAAAGCUUGAGAAGAGCAAAAGGUUCUCAUAAAGUUGCACAGGAUCCAUCAAGCUGUUCAGGAUGUCUCUGCUCCUAGAGGAAGCAGCAGGACUGCAUGACUUAUGAAGAAAAGACUAAAAUACAGAGCUCAUGAAUAUCUGAAACUGCUAUUCCCUCCUUUGUAGAAUAAAACCUUUACAUAACAUA